UAAAAUGCAUGAAUAAUGUUUUUCACAGAUUCUAGUGACAUUCACUUACCAAGACCGGACAAAUUGCAAUCGCCCGGUGAUCGUGUGGAGCAGAUAGCUACUAUCGACGUACCGCUGCAAAAUGGCGGGACAAAAACGCAGGAAGAGAAUCCAGAUCCUAAUUACGAGUACAAGCUCCUGGUGUGGCCAGCGCAUGCUGGAUGGUUAAGGAAGACCGCUUGGAUCACAACGUGGCCCAUUCAUCUGGUAUUCAUGUGCACAAUUCCCGAUUGCGAGAAACCACGAUUCAAGAAUUGGUUCCCUAUCACAUUUCUGAUGUGCAUUAUAUGGAUUGGAUCACUCAGCUACGUAGUAGCGUGGAUGAUCACUAUAAUCGGAGACACGCUGAAGAUACCAGAUUCCGUAAUGGGCAUCACUUUCCUCGCGGCGGGAACCAGCGUACCCGAAGCCGUGUCGAGCGUGAUUGUUGCGAAACAAGGACACGGCUCGAUGGGCAUCAGCAAUUCGAUAGGAUCGAAUACGUUCGAUAUACUGUUGUGUCUCGGACUACCCUGGCUGAUCAAGUCGUCCUUCUCACCAACGCAGCCCGGCAAGCAUUACAUAAGUAUCAACUCCGGCGGGCUUGAGUACAGCGCGAUAUCGUUGCUGUCGACCCUCAUGCUGCUGUACAUCGCGUUCGCCUCCAACAAGUUUCAGCUCGACACAAAAGUGGGCCGCGCCUGCCUCUGCAUGUACGCCGUGUUCCUCAUACUGGCGUCGCUGAUCGAGCUCAACGUAUUCUUCAUGGUAAAUCUCCCCACCUGCCAAAGGACGGUGAAAUGAUCGAGGAGACCCGGACGAUGACCCGCCCGUAAUGACGUACGGGCGCGGCCUCGCUCGCAAUCCGCGCCGGAAACGUUCUUUCCCCCCCUCCCCCUCUCCCACGGACUUACCGAGAGACCCGAGCUUGAGCGAGGGGUGUUUAUUUCCAGCUACACGGGACAGCUCACCGUGUGUACAGUUUUAAUAUCAACAAUGUUAUCGCCACAUUAGAACCAUGACAUGUAAUGCAUUUUGUAUUUACUUACUAAAAAGUCUCUCCCUCUCUCUCUUUUUCUUUCUCUCUCUCUUUAUCUAUCUAUCUUUGCUCUCUCUUCUCUUCACCUAUCACAGUACUAAAAAAAAGCUCGUACUGAAAAUUCAUCUUCGAAUAUUAUAGUUGACAUCUUUUCGCUCCAUUCAACAUAUACGUUUUACACAGAUAGGCGCGCGCGCCCUCCCUUAUUCUUUCUCUCUCAUCUUUUCUUAAUUUUUAUUACCAAGUCUCUUUCAUUUCUCUUUCUUUCCCUUUCCUCGCUUAUUUUCUCUCUUAAAGUACGAUCACUGUGCUUACGGCGAUAUUGCGUGCGCCGAAGGAUCAACAACUUACGAUUAGCCACAGUAACGAGCCAUGGAUCUCAUGCCACACAUACACACACACACACAUACGAUCGGAAGUUCGCCCAGGUAUGUAGGUAUGUAGACGCGUGCAAAAGUCAAUGGGCUCUAAAUAAUUCGGCAACCGCAGCGAGAGCCGAUUGAGAUCGGUAAGGAGGGGGGAGUGCUCUGCGACUGUGUCUAAUUGUAUAAUGAAUGCGCGAGAAAGACUGCCGGUUCCCAUUUUAGCAUUAUCGCAGACAUCUCGGCAUCGGUGUGUGAUCGCGAGAAUGUGUUUUUACGCGUGUGAAUUACGUUCAUUCGAUUCAGCCGUCGAUCGCGAAUGCGGCGCGAAGCGUCGCGUCGCGGAGCGUCGCAUCCGCGCUCCGACGGUGUGCGCGGCGAACUCUUCAUAUAUAUCCGGAUUCAUUUGCUGUUAAUACAAAAUAUAGCGCUGCACAGAGUCGCUCGGUGAAAAAAAAAAAAUCUACUUCUACACAUUUUUAGUUCUCUCGUAUCUCCGUAUCUAGGAACUGUCGGUGGUGAUAUUACACCCGACGAAGAACAACGGAGAUCCUCCCAUUUCGGAUCAUGCGCCUUUUUACGCUGCGAAAACGUAACUGAUGUAUAGCGAAACGCACAGAUGCAGACACAGAGAAACACACAGACUCAUACGCACAUAUACGCAAAAACACGCACACACACACACACACACACACACAUAUACACGAAAUCGAAACCGUUGUAGCAAGCCGUCGCGCGCGAUACCUUUCUGCGAUACACCUUUUCCAUUGCGACACACAAAAAUCUGUGACUGUAAAUGUGUCUAGAUAAAACCGUAACUUAACAUUUAAUAAAGUACUGUAAUAAGUUAUUAAAAUAA